AUGACGUCGCUUAUGCAAGAAGGCGUGGGUCUUUUCGGUACUCAUGUCGUUAAGGACGACAUCGAAGAGGCCGUUCAGAAGAAGUUCGGAAGUCGGGCCGUCUUCGGUCCUGACGCCGAGUUUGUCGUUGUAGGCGACGGCAAUGUUUGAUUUCAUUCUUUCAUCAGUUUUCGCCUCCCUUUCUUAGAACGGAAAAAAGUUUAUCAUACUUUGAAAAAAUUAAAACAGACGAAAAAUGUUGCAAGUACGGAAAAUUUCUUCCUCAGAGAACUACAUAAAAUUUUUACAUUUUCCUAUUUUUUUUUUUUCAAAACACUUACAAUCAUAAAAAAGGAGAGAGUGCAGCUUUGCUGUUCAAAAUUACCAAAAAAGGCCGGAAAUUUAAGUUGAAGUGAGGAUUUAGUCGUCUUUAGAUAAAAGUCCAUGCCACACUUUACUAUAGUUCCUUGUUUGCUCUGUAGUUCAUUCACGAUUAGAAGUCAUGCGCUAUAAAUCAAAAAUCAUAUUGGAUGAAUCAGUCUUCAAUUUUCUUUCUUCAGAGAGAAAGAAAGUCGUUUUGGAAAUGGGCAGAAUAAUGGGGAAAGAGAUGAAAAACAACUUUCUUUUGAAUUAGAGGAUAGUAACGCACUUUUUUUUUUUCUUUUUUCUUCUCAAAAAUCACUUUUUAUCACUCAUUUACUCUCAAUUUUAGCUUCGAAACUUGAAAACCUCAGAAAGAUUUUUGUCAGAUCUUAAAAAUCUUCAGGAACCACAGGUUGGCUUUUUGAAAUUCAAAAAGUAGGAAAGUUAAAUACAGAACAAUUCCCUUCACUUUUUUAAUUUGAAGUUACAAAAUUGUACCUGCCGAAUGGUCGGGCAUAGCACAUGAACUUGCACAACAUUUGUGGCAGGGAAAGAUAGUUUUCGUGCGUCUGCAAGAAUGCAGCCAAACAGCCGAAUUCCCCCGAGAGCACGGAGAGGAGUUCAACCCGCGUUCCUUUCUCACAUACAAAUCAGCGCCUUAGGCCAAUAGACUACCUCUCUCCGCACGGUUCGCCCCCGUUUCUGCCACAUAGUCUCUUGCUAUUUCGUUGGUACAAAUCAAAUUUUUGAUUAUUGAUUUUCGAGUCUUAAAAAAAUUUCGUAACUAUUGCAAUUUGCUGAAGCGAAAAUGAACAUCCUUCGCUUUUCUCCUGAAUUUCGGACCUAGAAUCUAGAAAAGAUUUCACUUUUUAUUUUAUUUUUGAAUUAAUGAAAAGAAAAAAAAUUUAAUUGAUAAAAUAAACUUUUUCUCCAUAUAUCCAUUCUCCACCAAGCUUAUAUAGACUUGGGACGCAAAAAUCCGUGGCCUGUCUGUACUCUCCACCAACCGGGCACUGUCUACUUCUUUAUCGUGUCAAGAACAUCUUUUCAGCGGCUCAAGCCGUGAAUUAGCUAUACAUGUGUAGACACAUUGUUUCACCAAUUAAAACUUCGAUGCUCAGAUGAUAAGGAAUAAUGAUUUGUCUUAUCUCGGACAUUGGUAACGCGAAACAGGCGUGCUCCGGUCGUUUUUGUGCAGCUUUAGGGAUCACUUAAGAGUGCUUACGUCUCUAAAGUGGUCACUGAAAAUGCCCAGAAACCUCCGGAUCACGUCCGUUUCGCGUUACCAAUGUCCAAGAUCGAUCAACUAUUUUUGUCGUGGGAUUUUUCCCUUUUUCGCGGACUAGAUUAAAAUUAAAAUGUUUCUCGAAUUUUAAAAUUGAAACCAAAAUGUAGAGAAUUUUUAUGCCAAUCUUUAACAGUUUUUGUAUGCUUUUUCGUUUGUUCGAGUUUAGUGUUUGAAGAAAUAAAAAGUAUAGAAAACCUGUCAAUCAAAUUUAAAAUGAACCUCUGAUUUCUGUUAUUUGUUUUCAGGGGUUUAUCAGUCGAGUCGUCCUCGUGACACCAAAAUGGCAAGGAGACGCUGCAGGACUUCCUGAGAAGUUCAAAUUCUUCGAAUUUUCCGAUUUCUAAACCUGAUGAAAUCCAGGUUCAUUCUGAAGAUCAUCUCCAUGCAAAACACCAUGGCCCUUGGCGAUAAAAUGAAGGAGAAUGAGUCGAUCGUCCACAUGACUCCCGAAGAAGAAGAAGCUCUCUGGAAACAUUUCGAGGGUGCCGUCCAUUUGGUUGGUCUUUUUCAAAUAUCUUCUGGUUCAAAUACUUGAAGUUCAGCUUCACAACCGGGAGGUGAACCUCUAUAAAGUUCUGGAGACUUAUGAAUCAUCAGCUGACGUCUUGGCUCCGAAGAUAUUUUUUUCGAAGAGCUUUGAGGCAGAUACCAAAGGUUUAUCUGGUCAAUUCUGACUUAUUCUAGAAAAAAUAGGCUUCAUCGGAAUGGAGGCCGUGGAGGACGUCAAAAUUAGGCACGUCUUCGUCAACUCGAAACCACAUCAGCUGUUGCCGGUAAGAAGAUGGAUAAAAGUUUGUGAAUAUUCUUUUUGCAGCUAAUGAAUGCGUUGGCGACUCUAGAAGCAUGUGGCUUGAAGAUGACCGAGGAGGAAAAAAGUUCCAUUUCCGGGUUUGAUUACAAGACGAUUUUCGGCACCAUGUUGACCGAUGAGGUUGGUUUCUUGCUAAUCACAAGGCCAGUUAAAACGCGCUCCAAGGCUAACGGUCACAGUUUUCUGAAAAAUUGUAUUAUAGCGCUCGUAAAAUCCCCAUGAGUCAUGAAAGGGUCCAAUCAUUAUUUUUUAAUUAAACUCUGAAAAAAUUUUAAAAAAGGGCAUUAUUCGUGCAGCGAACUUAUACUGGAACUUAUUCAAAACUCAAAUCUGCCUGUGACCUCUUCUUCCUCCUUGCUGUGAGAGCUCAAGAGAGCCCAGACAGGUCAGACUGUCUCAAGUUGCGACGAAUAUGGUUUUGAAACAAAAAAGUUCGUAGUUUUUCAGAACGUCAAAAGGAUGUUCCUGAUGCUGAAGAACAACGACGAGAAACGGUUCGGCGAGACCGCCGAUCGUCUUGCAGAGUAUGGGUUGGAGUUGGUCCACGACGACGACAUCGCCGGAAUCAACAAAAAUUUGGGUGAGACUUAAAAGUUACUUUUUUUUCCGCGGUUCAAAUCAAUUUAAAACUUCUUGUGCUUUUUCAUACGGCUGUUUUCAUUUCUCUAUCACGGAUAACUAAGAGAGCGCAGAAGUUCCAGACUUUUUCUACAAAAAAAAAGACGAAUCUAGUUUUUUGCUCUUCUCAGGCAUGAAAGACGUUCUGAUCCACGGAGAUUUGUGGUCUGCCAAUAUUCUCUGGGUGAACAAGGGGGAAGAAGAUGAAAUUGCCAAGGUUAUCGACUAUCAAGUUGGUUUCUUCCACCAGCUUCAUUUCAUUUCAAGCUUCAGCUGGUUCAUUUUGGAAAUCCGGCCGAAGACCUCGUCCGGGUUUUCGUCUCAACUCUGAGUGGCACCGACCGACGUCAGCACUGGGAAUGGCUCGUCGAGAAGUUCUACGGAUAUCUUGAACAGAAGUUGGAUGGAUCUCCAGUUCCUUAUACUCUGGAUCAGGUUGGUUGAUUUUCUUUUUUCUGAAAAAAUGUUGAAAACUACAGCUCAAAGAGUCCUACAAGCGCUUCUUCGUGUUUGGUGCAGUCAUUAUGGCGGGGAUUUUCGGACCGGUGGCGGAAGUUUGUUUUUUUUCUCUUGAAUAGAACUUGGUGAGCUCAAAAAAGGGAAGCCAUAAAAAACAAAGUUUCAAAAACAGUCUUUGAAAAAGCCUUCCAAGGUAGACCUUGUCUUGCGUUUACUCGACUCGUUGAGUUUUGACAAGUUUUCCACUGCGGCUGCACGUGGAAAGGAUUCAAGCCGUCGCGCUGCGUUCAGUUAAAGCAAGUUGAGCGACUUAAUCCGGUACUUACUGUCCAGAGUGGAAUUAAAAGCCGUCUCUCAAACGCAACGCUUCAAGCCAGUCUACAUUCGACCAAGUCAUUUCAAAAUAGAUGCAAGAAUGUUGCAGACCGCGCUCCAAAAUCGAGACGACGAUGGACACGAAGAGCGUCGCGAGGUCAUAUCGGAAAAAGUUCAAGCUCUUCUGGAGGACACGGUGAAGUAUCAUUUGAGAAACUUGGAAAUCCAUCCGGAACGUCGGACGGAGAAAACUGAGACGUCUAGCGAAAUCCAUUAA